AUGUCGGGUUUUACUAGAGCCAAAAAGGGCGAAAUGGUCAAAACCCCAACGCCGCUUCAGCAUCCUCCAGUCACCGGCAGCGGUCUGGCGGCAGGCGGUGACACCGCUGCUGGGCGGGACAAGAAUUCCAACUUCAGCCUACUUCCCACUCGACGUGGAGGAGACAGCACUGCGAACUGGACGCCGUCCGGAACUUCAGGCGCACAGAGUCCAUACAUUUUGCUGACUGACCAGCCUCAGGUCAAUCACAAAAACAUGUCUGGAAAGAUAUCAAAAGAGGAACUGGAGGAAAUGCAAGAGACUUUUAAGAAGAUUGAUGUGGACAACGACGGCCAUAUCUGUUACGAUGAACUUAACGAACUUCUUAAAGAGUCCGGCCAUCCGCUGCCAGGCUAUAAGGUUCGAGAAAUCAUCAAACAACUGGAUCAGGACAAUGACAACAAGAUCAGUUUCAACGAGUUUAUUGCGAUUGUGAAUAAGCUGAAGGGCUCUGAAGUAGCAAAAACCUUCCGUAAAGUCAUCAACCGAAAAGAAGGCAUCCUGGCCAUCGGUGGCACGUCGGAGCUGUCAAGUGAAGGAACACAGCACUCCUUCUCGGAGGAAGAGCGAUUCGCUUUUGCGAAUUGGAUCAACACUGCUCUGGAAAGAGACCCGGACUGCCAACAUGUCUUGCCUAUGGAUCCCAGCACCGACUCUCUGUUCACAUCUAUGGCUGACGGUAUUGUACUCUGCAAAAUGAUCAACCAAUCAGUGCCGGACACCAUUGACGAGAGGACCAUCAACAAGAAGAAGCUCACACCCUUUACAAUUCAGGAGAACCUUAACUUGGCGCUGAACUCUGCCUCGGCCAUCGGCUGCCACGUGGUUAACAUCGGUGCUUUGGACUUGAAAGCCGGGAAGCCCCAUUUGGUGCUGGGUCUGCUUUGGCAGAUCAUCAAGAUCGGUUUGUUUGCAGACAUCGAGCUAAGCAGAAAUGAAGCUUUGGCAGCCUUGCUGAGAGAAGGCGAGACCCUGGAGGACUUAAUGAAGUUGUCUCCGGAAGAGCUGCUGCUACGCUGGGCCAACUUCCAUUUGGAGAACGCCGGAUGGCAGAAGAUCAACAACUUCAGCUCUGACAUUAAGGACUCGCGGGCCUACUUCCAUCUCCUCAACCAGAUUGCUCCAAAGGGUACAGAGGAAGACGCGCCGGCCAUCAACAUCAACAUGUCGGGCUUCAGUGAGAGAGACGACAUGAAGAGAGCGGAAGCGAUGCUGCAGCAGGCCGACCGGCUCGGCUGCCGACAGUUCGUCACCCCGACGGACGUCGUUUCCGGCCACCCCAAACUCAAUAUGGCCUUCGUGGCUAAUUUGUUUAACAAAUACCCCGCUCUGAAAAAACCCGAGAACCAGGAUCUGGACUGGCACCUGCUGGAAGGUGAAACCCGAGAGGAGCGGACGUUCCGAAACUGGAUGAACUCACUGGGCGUCAACCCAAGCGUCAAUCAUCUCUACCUAGACCUGCAAGACGCCAUCGUCAUCCUGCAGCUCUACGAGAAGAUUAAAGUACGUGUCGAUUGGGAGAGCAAAGUCAACAGGCCGCCGUACCCCAAGCUUGGAACUAAUAUGAAGAAGUUGGAGAACUGUAACUACGCCGUGGACCUUGGCAAAACCACCGCCAAGUUUUCUCUGGUCGGCAUCGGCGGGCAGGAUUUGAAUGACGGGAAUUCUACGCUCACCCUGGCGCUGGUGUGGCAGCUCAUGAGAAGGUACACGCUGAACGUACUGGAGGAUUUGGGCGACGGUGAGAAGGUCAAUGAUGACAUCAUUGUCAAAUGGGUCAACAAAACAUUAGCAGAAGCUGGAAAAGCAACCAAGAUUUCAAGUUUUAAGGACAAGGAGAUCAGCAGCAGUUUAGCAGUGCUACAACUGAUCGACGCCAUCCAGCCCGGCAGCGUCAACUUUGAGCUGGUUAAAACUGGAAGCCUUUCCGAAGUCGACAAGCUGGAGAAUGCCAAAUACGCCAUUUCCAUGGCGAGGAAAAUUGGCGCGCGCGUCUACGCCCUCCCCGAGGACCUGGUGGAAGUCAAACCCAAAAUGGUGAUGACCGUCUUCGCGUGCCUGAUGGGUCGAGGGAUGAAGCGAGUCUAA